AUGCUAUCAUGCAACCUUUUAGAUAAUGAGGAAGUUCAGAAUCUAACAAGAGAAGAACUAAUGGCUCAGCUACAGAUUAAUUCUGAAAUAAUGGAAGCAGAGAAAGAGGGUGCUUUUGUUAGGAAGUUAAAAGAGGCUCGUUUAGAGUCUGAAGAGUUAUCAUCGAAAGCGAGCAAACGUGAGAUUUCCUUGGUUGGACAAAGUCAGGCGCCCUAUCUCAGCAAUCUUAACGAGGAUCCUAUGCUUUCUGGAGUGUUAAUUUACACAAUUCAUAAGAAUAAGGUGUGA